CCGGGCCCGGCAAGGACACCCCAAGGGCGCCCGCGGUCCCCGGAGAAGGAGACCCGCCGCGGGCAUGGCCUCCUCCAAACCCCUGUCCCGCUUCUGGGAGUGGGGCAAGAACAUCGUCUGCGUGGGGCGCAACUACGCCGAGCACGCCAAGGAGAUGGGGAGCGUGCCGCCCCGGGAGCCCAUCUUCUUCCUCAAGCCUUCCUCGGCCUACGUGCGGGAAGGCUCGCCCAUCCUCCGGCCCUACUACUGCAACAACCUGCACCACGAAGUGGAGCUGGGGGUGGUGAUCGGGAAGAGAGCCCAGGCUGUGUCCCAGGAGGCCGCCAUGGAGCACGUGGCAGGCUAUGCCCUCUGCUUGGACAUGACGGCCAGGGACACCCAGGAGGAGUGUAAAAAGAAGGGUCUGCCCUGGACCCUGGCCAAGGGCUUCAGUUCGUCAUGCCCGGUCAGUGACUUUGUGCCUAAGGAGAAGAUUCCAGACCCUCACAAGCUGAAGAUCUGGCUCAAGGUGAACGGAAAGCUGAGGCAGGAGGGGGAGACCUCCUCGAUGAUCUUCUCUAUCCCUUACCUGAUCAGCUACAUCAGCGAAAUACUCACCCUGGAAGAAGGGGACUUGAUUCUGACAGGGUCUCCCAAAGGAGUUGGGUCUGUGCAGGCCAACGAUGAGAUAGAGGCUGGGAUAAGAGAUGUCCUCUCUAUGCGGUUUAAGGUGGCGCAGCAAACGCGUAGAUCCUAACCAGGAGCCUGGCUGGGACCCUGUCUGCAAAGGAAGAGGCUCUUCUGGGAACAUCUGGUGAACAAGGAGACACCCAAGCCGUCCUGUACGUUAAACACUUACAUGGCCCAAGCGUCUAACGGGCUGUCGUGCAUCAAAGACACGUAACCCAUGCGCUCGAAAGGCAUUUGACUGAAACAGCCCCGUUCCCGUGGAGGCUUCAGCCUCCUCUGAGGCUGUGAAC